GUGCAGAUACAAUUUUCAUUACAUUUUUUUGCAAUCUGAUACAUGCCCGAGUUUAGUAGUUUUUAUUAGUAAAGAAAUAAUAGAUUUAAGCAAAAAUUCGUUAUCAUACACAAUUUCCCAUUCGAUAUUCGAGAAAGUGCUGUUUUUUGGACAUAUUGACGGCUGUUUUGUGAGUCAGUGUUCUGGUUGCUAUCUUCAGCUUUAUUCAGCUUCAGCCAAUGGCGAUACGCCGAAUAUCUUUUCCGUCUUUCCCGUGAUGUCGCAUUAUGUAUAAUGUAUGUGUGUAUGGAUCACGAGCAGAUAGCGUGUACACGUUCCGUGUAUUUACGUGCGGAUAGAGGAACAUACGAGUUUAUACUUUUUGAUUCGUGGCGUGGACGUUAGCUCACUGGUUUAUUUCACAUUCUGCCGUAAAGUAAACAAAAGGAUAGAUUUCUCGAUCAGUCGUCGAAUUUUGGAGCAGAUGGUGAUUUCUUUGUGAAAUUGGAUUUUUACGUUUAGGUUCAAGAAAGUAGCAAAGAGGGAUAAAUUUAUUAGUAAAAAUUAAUGUCAAUCAGCCUGGGCUGAUUAUCGCUGUUUUCGUCUGACUCGUGUGUAAUCAUUCGAAACGACCAAGAGAUUGGAAACCUCGCGAAAAUGGAAACUGCUGGUGUGAGAUUAAUCAUUAAGGCCCCGAAUCAGCAGAUCGAAGACCAAAUUAUAAGCUGCGAACUCGGCUGGACUAUUCGCAAACUCAAAGAUUACUUGGCCGAAGUUUAUCCGAGUAAACCGAAAACGAAAGAUCAGAAACUGAUAUACUCGGGUCAGCUCUUGAAGGACUCUGUUUAUUUAAAAGAUGUGUUGAGAUCGUACGAGGACACUGAAGAUCAGCCUUUUACGGUGCACUUGGUUUGUGCAACAAACAAAAUGGACACUGAAAAGAAACCUGAAAAGUCCACGAAGGAAGCACCAGAAAGUACAAAAGCAUCUAGUUCUCCUGAACAAAAUCCUCCAGAUUCUAGGCGAGAUCGGCUUGACGCUGCAGCCCAGGAAACUAUAAACACCCAACCAACUGCUCAAGUUUAUUCGACACAUUCGUUGUAUGGCCAAUUAAAUACUCAACAAAUCGCCUGGAUGCAACAAGUCUACACUCAUUAUUUAACACAAUACAUGCAGCUGAUGGCAGCCCAGGGUAUUCAAGUGCCGAAUAGUGUACCUUAUAUGCAAACGAAUCCAAAUUUGAAUAAUUUAGUCAACAACAAUGCCAACAAUAAUAACAUUAAUCCAAACGAGGAGGUUGAACAGCCAAGGCAAGUGCCACAAGACGCUGCUGAUUUAGGAGCAGGAGAUGAAGCUGGAGGCUUGUUGAAUCGUGAUUGGCUGGACUUUUUCUAUAUGCUCUCCAGAAUAGUUGUUCUCUUCAGCAUCGUCUACUUUUACUCUUCUCCAAUCAGAUUUCUCAUCGUAGCUUUCCUCGGAUUCGCCAUGUAUCUUGUUUCAUUUUGCAGAUAUCAGGGUGGCUUCUUCAGGGUUCAUCCAGUUUUUUUACCGGAAAAUAACAACGCCCGGCAGGAUAAUAACAACCAAUUGGCACAAAAUGAAGCAGCUGGACAGGGUGUAGCUCCACAAGAAGUUCAAGAAACUGGGAUGGAGAAUGAAGGAAGGACGAACCCAAACGAAGAAAAUGAAACUGCAAGACCCGGAGCUUUAGCCUUUACUUGGUCCUUUUUUAGUUCGUUUUUUGCUUCUCUUAUUCCCGACCAGCCAAACAUCCUGUAAGGUUGUUUAAAUUCGUCAUUCCUUCGGGGGACUAGCAAGCUUUACUCAUCUUUUACUCUAGAGGCCAUUUGUAAGACUUGAAACACUUGUUUCAAAAACUCAUUAAAGGUUUCCAAAUAUAUGUGAUUGUUUCAGAAAUAUUAGGAGUAACUUUUAUUGCGUUUUUGCAUAUUGUAUAUAAAAUCGUUAGAAAGAUGUAUAUUUUUUAUCUAGAAAAUACUGCGCUGUCUGCGUUGUUUAAUCACGUUUAAGUCCAAUUCAAAUUUUCUGGUUGAUGUAAUAAUUGCAGGAUGAUAAUUAUUCAUAGUAAUAAUAUAACUGUUUCUGGGUUAUUGACGUACUAUUUUAAAUUGUUUUGUUUUGGACGUAGAGAGCAGAACGUGUAAUUCUUAAGUGUCACUUUCGAGAAGUGAAAUAUUUUUCAUGUCUGUCGAGACACUAAAAAGAAAACAACGACGCGAAAUACACGCUGUGCUUGUAAAUAUAAUAUUGUCUGUUGAGCCUAGUCUGUUCACUUUGUGAUUCUCGACAAAGUCAUAAAAUAGUGAGGCUAUCACCAAACAUUGAAACUGAUACAAUAACUGUGUUGUACCGAGGCGUAUUAAACCCUGUGAUUUGUAUCAUUCGUAUAUAUAGCGAGCUUUGUAAAAAAGCUGACUUUUGUAUGUAAAUCUAUGUAUUGGAUAUAUAUUAUUAGCUCAAGGUCACGUAAUCUUUCUGUAUUUACACCGAUAAAUUAAACUAUUCUCAAUUUCCGUAAACGAAAGUGUAUAUAAGGACAAAUAAAAGUCAAAUUCUUGAAAA